AUGGAGGGUCUUCUAUUUAACGUCAAUAAUGGCUACAUCGAGGGCAUCGUCCGCGGUUACCGCAAUGGACUGCUCACGGGUACCAACUACACCAACAUGACACAAUGCGAGACGAUUGACGACCUCAAACUCCAGCUCGGUCCCGCGUACGGCGACUUCCUCUCAACUCUUCCACCCAACCCCUCCACCUCCAGCCUCGCUUCUAAGACCACCGACAAGCUCGUCUCCGAGUUUCGCUAUGUCCGCGCCAACGCCGUCGGCUCGCUCGCCAAGUUCAUGGACUACGUUACCUACGGCUACAUGAUCGAUAACGUGGCGCUGCUCAUCACAGGCACCCUUCACGAACGCGACACGCGCGAGCUGCUGGAUCGCUGCCAUCCUUUGGGCUGGUUCGAGACGAUGCCGGUCCUCUGUGUGGCGACAAAUAUCGAGGAGUUGUACAACAGCGUGUUGAUCGAGACCCCGCUGGCACCGUACUUCAAGGGCAGCCUCAGCCAUCAGGACCUGGACGAGCUCAACAUCGAGAUUGUGCGCAACACGCUCUACAAGAACUACCUCGAGGACUUCUACGAGUUUGUCAACUCCCACCCGGACAUGGCCGGCACCCCGACAGCCGAGGUCAUGUCAGAACUGCUUGAGUUUGAGGCCGACCGCCGUGCCAUCAACAUCACGCUCAACUCGUUCGGCACCGAGUUGUCCAAGGCCGACCGCAAGAAGUUGUACCCGAGUUUCGGUCUCCUGUACCCCGAGGGUACACUGAUGUUGUCGCGGGCCGAUGACUUUGAAGGCGUACGGUUGGCUGUUGAGGGCGUGUCCGACUAUAAGUCCUUCUUCGAGGCAGCUGGGUUGGGUGGUGGUCCCGGUGGACCGGGCAACAUGGCCGGCGGCUCUGGGUCCGAGAGCCGGAGUCUAGAAGACAUGUUCUACCAGAAGGAGAUGGAGAUUGCAAAGAGCGCGUUUACGCGGCAAUUUACGUUUGCAAUUGUCUACGCCUGGGUCAAGUUGCGGGAACAGGAAAUCCGCAACAUCACCUGGAUUGCUGAGUGCAUAGCACAGAACCAGAAAGAACGCAUCGGCAACUACAUCAGCGUCUUCUGA